GCGGGGCUGUUUGGGGCCGUUCAUGGCCGGGGACGGAGCCCGUUCCCAGUACCGGCACGGCGGAACACAGCCCACACGGCGGGACAAACACCGCGGGGAGGUACCGGCACGGCGGGGCACAGCCCGCGGGGAGGUAGCGGGGUGCGCGUCCGGCAGUGGAAGGGCCGGGCCUUUCUUUCCCCGGGGCAGUUUCAGGCCAGCGCUGUCCGUGUGAGACAGGUUCUUCCUUCACAGUGCACUGCUCUGGACUCCGCUGUGCUGCCCCUCAUCGAGCCUUUCCUCCGGGCUGUGGCGUUUGGUACGGUGAGCCCUGGCUAACCAUUGCACAGGGUGAUCGCCACAGAAACCCCUAAAGGCUUCAAGGAAUUCAUUUUAGCCAAAAUAAAUGAAAUAAGUUGUUCUGAUACAGUAAAAUGGAUCCUUGUUCAGUUGGAGUUCAGCUUCAAGCUACCAAUGAAUGCCAUAAGACCUAUUACACCCGUCACACUGGCUUCAAGACUAAACAAGAUAUAUCUUCAUCUGACCUCCUGCUGCUUCAGCUUAGGACUGGGAUAACUCUGUCAGAGAGCAACACAAUCUGCUUCCACCAUGCAAAAAUUUACAUUGAAAGAUUUGAAGACUUACAAAAAUCCUGUUGUGAUCCCUUUAACAUACACAGAAAACUAUCAAAGAAAAGCUUGCGAGCAAUUGACUUAGAUGAUGCGGCUUUUCUAAGUGCCAAGUUUGGAAGACAGUUUGUUCCUGGUUGGAAGCUUUGUCCCAAAUGUAUGCAGAUAAUAAAUGGAAGUGUGGAUAUGGAACCUGAGGAGCGACAAAGAAGAAAACUGGAUCCAGAUGGGCGUACAGCUAAGGCUUUAAAGUUGCUCCAGUUUGCUAACCCAGGACGACAGACUGAAUUCACUCCAGAGACUAGUAAAAGGGAAAAAAGAAGGCUGCAAACAAAAAUAGCAAUGUUCAAUUCAGACAGGCAGGUGAUACCAGCCAAGAGUAAAGUGUACGACAGCCAGGGCCUGCUGCUGUACAGUGGGAUGGACCUGUGUGACUGCCUGGAUGAGGAUUGCCUGGGCUGCUUCUACGCCUGUCCCAAGUGUGGCUCCAACAAGUGCGGCACGGAAUGUCGCUGCGACCGCAAGUGGCUCUACGAGCAGAUCGAGAUCGAGGGAGGAGAGAUCAUUAGGAAUAAGCACGUGGGGUAGUGUGUCUGUGCACUAUUCAGUCUGACUGUAUGGGCCAUGUUUCCAUUACACACAGCACGUUCAGCAUUUAGUGAUUUAAUGGAAGCUGUUGAAAUUUGUCACGGUCCGCGUGGUGGGCGUGCUCACUUUCAGUGUGGUUAGGGACAGCCAUACUGCUGUUUUUUCACACUUGAGUCUGCAUUGUACUAAGGCUGCUUAGUCAUCCAGGUAAGAUCUCACUGAACAACUGUAUUCAAGUACAAGGUGCUAAAUUCUAAUGUAAACUAUCCUGAGCCAUUCGCUGUCCUUUCAUACAUUGUUUUAUCCCUCAUUUCUCCUUCUCAAAUUCAGGAUCUCAUGGGUUUUAAUUUGUUUUCUGUGAAGUGCUGUGAAAGUUCUCAUUGAAUUUACAUGCAGUAUUAAUAAAACUCUCCUAGUAUUAAUAGUGAAUACUAUAUCUUCUUUAAAGUAUUGAAGCUGCAUUGUUAAAUCCAAUACUGUUCACUUAAAAAGGAGUCAAAAGCAUUUAGGUGUUCAGAUCUCACCCCAUUUACUGGGAUUUGAGAUCAAGUUAUCCUUAUAUAAGAAUAUGAAUUAAUAUGAAUUCAUAUUGAAUUAAUUCAUAUUAAAAUACUGAAUUUAACCUGGCAUAGGGAUUGCUUUGUUGGUUUCUGUAGAACAAAAUUAAAAUAAUUUUGCUCUGUUAUCAGUCUGUAAUUGGACUGAACAACAGCCCUCUCCCUAUUUUUUUUUCUCUUUACUGGUUUUAAAGGUUUAUAUGCAGCUGAAAUGAACUUUGAGGGUCUUUCCAAACCAAGGUUAUCUAGACUGUUAACAAAAAAACCCAGAUGAAUGGAAAGUGUCUUUGGUUGAUACAUUAUCUGUCCUCAUAAUAUUAAACUUUUACACUCUGACAAGGCUUACUGAAGAGAUUUUAUAGAUAAAGGCUUAGUAACAGUAUUUUCUUGGCAUUUUUAUUGUGUUUUGUAUAGAUUUCCUAAUCUUUGAUGACUUGGAAGAGCUGCAUGUUUGUUGGGUCACAUUUUUUCAAUAAUAUUGUUAAACUCUUGAGGGCUUACUCAGUAAAGUUGUACAGUCUUGCUAUGUACUCAGUAGAUUUUUUUUCUGUUCUGGUAGGUGUCAUGAACGUUACAUUGCCAAAAUCCAAAGUAAUGCUUUGAGCUAUGCUGACAUCUGCUGGUCCUACUGUAGUAUAAGUACUGAGAUGCUACAUUUUUAUUAAAUCUGUUAUAAAAAUGAUCACUUUUUUUUUUUUUUGGUCAGAGCAUUGGCAGUUGUUUUAGUGGAUGUCUCUCGCUGUUUCAUAUCUUAAGCAAUCUUUUGAAUUAGAUGAAAACAUAAACAGGUAAUGGCCAGGAGAGUGAGGGGAAAAGCUGGUUGAGUUGUGUCAUUUAUGUGCAUUUAUUACUUUUUUAAUUAUACCAGAAUUGGCAGUAUCCAUUGUUAAUAAACUUAACAGGCUUC